AUGGCGUCCGCCGCCCCCGCGUCGCCGCCGACGUACCUCCUCCUCACACUGGACUACGUCGAGGACAUCUUAGAGAAGCGCGACCCGUACCGCGCGGAGCACAUCGCGGGCGCGAAAGCGCAGGAGGCCGCGGGGAAGUGCGUCUUAGCCGGCGCGCUGCAGAACCCCACGGACAAGGGCGUGUUCGUGUUCAAGGAUUGCGACGAGGCGUACGUCAAGGCGUUCGUAGAGGGCGACGCGUACUACAAAGCCGGGCUGGUUCCGGGGUACACGAUACGGCCGUGGAUGAUCGUCGUGGGGGCGUGA